AUGUCUACCUCUGGCAAUUCCUCCGACCCCUUCGACCUCUCGGGCUAUAAUGGCACUGGUCCCAUACCCCCCGCGCCUCCUGGCGUCGACCCCGACCUUUGGCAGGGCUUGUUCCACAUCAGGACUGGUUGCUUCCCCUUCCUGGUCGACGGCAUCGACAACAGCUACAGCUACUGGCCAACUCUCGGCGCCGGCAUCGCCUUUGAUGUCCUCUUCGGUAUAGCCCUGAUCGGCCAUCUUAUUCAGUUCGCCCGCUUCAGAAAAUGGACCUCGAUCCUAUUCGCCCUCGGCGCGGCCACCGAAGCCAUCGGUUGGGCUGGACGGACGUGGUCAGCCAAGUGUCCGUACAACCGCGACGCAUUCUUGAUGCAGAUCACGACACUCAUCAUCGCGCCCACCUUCUUCGCUGCUGCGCUGUACGUUCUCCUGCACAACCUCAUCACGAGGCUGGGCCGCGAGACUAGCAUGCUAUCUCCACGCAUGUACGCCAUCGUCUUUUGCACGUGUGACGUCAUCUCUCUCGUCGUGCAGGCGGUCGGCGGUGCCAUGGCGUCCCAGGCGGCCGACAGCAUCGACGGCAACACCGCGCCCGGCACCAACACCAUGGUGGCGGGCAUUGCGUUCCAGCUCUUCACCAUGAGCAUCUUCGCCGUGUUCGUCGUCGACUUCCUGCGCCGCGUCCAGCGCAUAUCUCGCCGCGGUCCCGGCGAGAAGCGCGCGCUCCUCACACGCCCCAUCCGCCUCGUCCUCGUCGCCGUCUUCAUCUCGUUCAUCAUGAUCUACGUCCGCAGCAUCUACCGUACCAUUGAGCUCGCCCAGGGCUGGACCGGCAACCUCAUCACCCACGAGGGCUACUUCAUCGGCCUCGACGCGACUCUCAUGUUCAUCGCCGUCGCCGUCUUCCUCGUCUUCGAUCCCGCCUCCCUCCUCAGGGACGACGCCGUGGGCCGUCCUGCCACUGCUCUGAUGGGCGAUCCCGCCGCCAAGGAGUCUGACUCGGCCGACUCGGCCGCCCGCUAA